AUGGCAACAGUUACUGCCACUGAGACCAGGUCGGAAGCCACUGAUCGAGCAAAGGAUUUCGAGGUGAAGAAACGAGCCCAUGGAGAGGUGGCUCAGCCGGAGGACAGGUUCUUCUGGACAUAUACCGAAGAGCCUCACCGAACAAGAAGACAAGCCAUAAUCAAGGCGCACCGUGAGGUCCUACAGCUGUGUGGACCAGAGCCACUUACCAUUCCUCUCGUCGCCGUUGUGGUAUCGCUCCAAAUAUUCACAGCAUACCUGCUGAGGAACACACCUAUACUCUCAUGGACCUUGUUCCUCACAGCCUAUAUUGUCGGGGCCACAGCCAACCAAAAUCUGUUUCUCGCCAUCCAUGAGAUCAGCCAUAACCUUGCCUUCAAAGACGCCUGGAAGAACCGCUUCUUUGCCAUCUUUGCAAAUCUGCCAAUCGGUGUGCCAUACUCGGCAGGAUUUAGACAAUACCAUCUCACCCAUCACAAGUCAUUAGGCGUAGAUGGUAUUGAUACAGAUCUGCCGACCGCUUUUGAGGCCGUCUUCCUCGACUCCAUCCUUGGCAAAGCAUUCUUUUGCACCUUUCAGCUGCUCUUCUAUGCUAUCCGACCAAUGAUGGUCUACAAAAUCCCCUUCAAUUACGUUCACUACUGCAACAUAGCAACUCAAGUGUUAUUCGACCUUGUUAUCUUAAGAACAAUGGGAGGGAGGUCGUUGUUCUAUUUACUUUUGAGCUCACUCUUGGCCGGCUCACUACAUCCGUGCGCGGCUCACUUCAUCUCUGAACACUAUGUCUUUGCUAAGUCAACUAUCAAAGGAGGAAAGAUGCCAAAAGAUGUGCCUGUACCCGAAACGUUCUCAUAUUACGGUCCUCUGAAUGUGCUGACCUACAAUGUGGGAUAUCACAACGAACAUCAUGACUUUCCUGCUGUUCCUUGGACAAGACUACCCAAGUUACAUAAGAUAGCGAAGGAGUUCUACCAACCUUUGCCUUGUCAUAAGAGCUGGCCUCUUGUUCUGUGGCAGUUUAUUAUGGAUAAAGAAGUUGGCGACCUUCAGGCUUUCUGUACGAUGCCUUUCUUCAGGAGUGCACGAACUAAUUCUAGACCAUCCUCGAAGCAUUCUGAAUCGCUAAUCAAACGGACGCCGUCAGGCACUCCAGCUCCUGACUUGCAUAGGAAGCGAGUAACUACCAAUGGUAGACCGUCGCCGACGGCCUCCCAGUCAAGCACUUUCCAGCGUACCCCAUCAGGAACACCAGCCCCAAUACCACCACGUACAAUCGACAUUGUACCACAACCACAGGAGGAUAUAGACGAUGACACGUAUGACCAUCGAAUACUAGCCUUCGACAAGACUAAUCGCAAUACUGUCGGCUGCUCGUACUACGUCGCUCGAGAUGGUGUGUUAUACUGCAUGGAGGAUGUCAAAGAUGCGGACAAAGACAUUUUCGACAUUUUAAAGAUUGAUGUCCAGCCAACCGUCGUGCUACUGUCUCCACGCAUAGAUACAUCGGAGCAGGAAUCUGCAAGCUCAACCCAUCUUGAGCUGGAUGACAGUGAGAAUCCAUCUUCAGCUUACACAGUCGAGCUGCGGCCUUCAAACGAUUUCAAGUAUGAAUCAGCAGUGCACAAGCUCUCGUCCAUUUCAACUCUCGAGUUACCUGGGGUAAAGUUCCUUGUGCCAGGAGACGAAGAGGAUCUUAAUCAGGAUCAAUCUGCGAAUACACUUGGAUUGACCCAAGGCAAAGGACGAACACUUCACAUUUCUGGCGAUGUCAACCUAGAAAGCCAUGUGAGCGUUGGUUGUGCCGGCGCUAUAGUUACCUAUCUUGCCAAAAAGAAAGCAUCCGCAUAUUUGCAUGGCGAUCCUGCAGCGGGGGAAGCCUUUCAAAUUUUGAGGUUCGAAGUUUUCAGCUUCAGCAACACAAUGCUUGUCAAUCAGGAUACCAUUGCUGCUUUACAAAUACUGCAACCCGAAUCCCAUCCAAGCGCUGCCAAGCAAGGUCCUGGCUCUUCAGGUGCUAAAGAGUCGUUAUCGAUCUACGGCUUAUUUCACUUCUCUGCAAAGACACCACAGGGCAAACAACAGCUUCGGAACAUGUUCCUGCGGCCUAGCACGGACUUGAAUGUCAUCAAAGCCCGACAUGAGUCCGUGGCGGUUCUUGCGAACUCUAGCAAUCAAGAACCCCGUCAGCGUCUGAGUAAAAGCUUGACGAAGAUCAAGAACAUGAGUCGAAUCAUGGUCAUGCUUCACAAAGGCGUUAUUAGUGGCAGCAGCAAGGUCAAGUCUUUCAAAUCCGGAGUGUGGUCGUCUUUGCUCGACUUUUGCUUUCAUAUCAUUGAUGUCGCAGAAAUUCUCAACCAAAUCGUUGGUGUGGAGCAAAUUUUACUUUGGCAGCAGAUUUGUACAGCCUUCGAUCGACUCGAGUUUCAACGACUUGGCAAAAUUAUCUGGGAUGUUGUUGACCUACAAGAAUCCGAACAGCAGCAUCGUACUGUCGUCAAACGAGGAGUCGACCUCGAAUUGGACCAAGUCAAAGAUGCAUACGACAGUAUAGACGAAAUGCUAUGUCGUGUCGCGAGAGAGACGAUGUCAGAGCUUCCUCGUAUGAACCAGCUCCCAAAGCUGACUGUAACCUAUAUUCCCCAGCUUGGCUUUCUGAUCGUUAUCCCGCCAGAGGAUUCGGAUCACCUUAUACUGGUUGGUCUAAACCAGGAUUGGGAGAGAAGAUUCGUGACUGAUCGUGGUACUUAUUUCAAGAACAACAGAAUGCGUGAAAUGGAUACAGAUCUUGGAGAUCUCUGGGCACAUAUAUGUGAUACCGAGAUUGAUAUCUCUCACGACCUGGCUCAACGCGUGCUGGAGAAGGAGGCCUUCGUUGUCGAAGCAUCGGAACUAUGUGGCCAGUUGGAUGCUUUAUUGGCACUUGCCCAUGGCGCGUGCAGACACAACCUCGUGCGACCUCGUAUGGUGGGCGACAAUGUUAUCGACAUAAGAGGAGGUCGGCACUUGCUUCAGGAGAUGACUGUUCCGUCGUAUGUUCCGAAUGAUGCGUUCCUGAUCGGAGGUAGUGGACAUGAGGAUGAAACAGUCGAGCAACAAUCUGCGCAGUCUCCAAACCACCCAAGCCUGCUACUGGUCACAGGCCCAAACUAUUCAGGAAAAUCUGUCUAUCUGAAACAGGUAGCGCUGAUCGUUUACAUGGCUCAUGUUGGCUCUUUCGUUCCAGUCGAUUAUGCCUGUCUUGGUAUCACCGACAGAAUCUUGACGCGAAUUACGACUAGAGAGACCGUCUCAAAAGGGCAGUCGACAUUCAUGAUUGACCUGCAACAAAUGGCCUAUGCGUUAAACUCUUUCACUGCACGAAGCCUCCUCAUCAUUGAUGAAUUUGGCAAAGGGACGGACAACUGCGAUGGUGCUGGUUUAUGUGCAGGCGUACUAACUCAUCUGCUAUCCCUUGGUCGUCAAGCACCUAAAGUCUUGGCUAGUACGCACUUUCACGAGAUCUUUGAGCAGAGCCUGCUUUCAGAAGACCUACCCGAUCUCGGUCUACGCCAAAUGGAGGUACAGGUCCAACCCAAGCUCAAGACAAAUCAACGUGCCACCCAACAAGCUCACGGGACGGAAGUGACUUACCUUUACAACGUCCGACCAGGUCGCAGUACUCUCUCCUAUGGUGCACAGUGUGCUGCUAUGAAUGGUGUUCCCGCUCCUGUGGUGGACCGCGCAUGUCAAUUGACAGAGCUGGCGUUAGCAGGAGAGAACCUCGUCUCAGUCUGUGCUUAUGUCCCAGAUGACGAGCUGGAUGAUCUACGUGAUGCAGAAGCUGUGAACAAGGCAUUUAUAGCGAUGGAUUUGGACGGUAUGGGGGAUGGCGAAGAUAUUAGAGGACUUCUGGAGGAGCUCUUAGGCGAUGCAUCGUCGACUUCCGCAACAACCACGAGUCGAUCAACAAAUGAAGAGUCCUUCGCAGGGACUGCUUCGUAA